UUUGUUAGGCCAAUUUUACCCUCAAAUUUGCUCUUCAUAUUUGUUAGGGCCCUGUCUUCAGCGCGGGAACAAAGGAAGGCGCGGGAACAAAGGCGCCAAAAUUCACUGGUAUAAGAAGAAACAGGAGAGAGAAAAGGGGGAAGUGGGUUCACUGCAUGGUCUCUGUGCAGGAGUAGGAAGUUGAUGAUAGAGAUAGAAGGGAAAGCGUCACUGUUAAAUUCAUUGGUUUACAAACACCGGCUUUGGAGCUACGCAAACCGUUCGAAAAUUCAUCUGAAUUCAUCAUCUUCUUGGAGUAUUGGAUGUUCAGAUAAGAAAAUGAGUAACACAACAAACAAAAAUGAAGGGAACAAGAAAGAUAGGUUUGUUUGGACGCAACAAAUGGAAGAUGCAUUCAUUGAUGUGCUGUAUUACCAACAUAUUAAAGGGAAUAGGGUUGAUGGAACUUUUACUAGUAAAGCAUAUGAUGAAAUGGUUAAAGAAUUGUGUGCAAAACUUGAAAUGGAUUUUACCAAAGAUAGGAUUAAGAAUCGAUUGAAGACUAUAAAGACUCAUUUCAAUGAGUGGUAUGACCUGUUUAAGAAUGGAUUGAGCGGAUUUGCUUGGAGUCGUGAGACAAAGAUGUGGAGUGCGGAGCCAGAGGUUUGGAAUUCAAUGAUUGAGGUACUAUUUUUUUUUUUUAUUAAUUUAGAGUUAUUUUUACUAUUAAAGUAUGUUUAAGGCCUAAUUCAUAUGGAAACUCUUGAAAUGUUUUUUCUAUGUUGUUCUAGUGUCGUUGUUUUACCCAAAGAAUGUUUUACACUAUGAAAUGUUUAGCAUAUAUAUAUAUAUUUUUAUAUGCUUGUAAUAGGCAAAACCGCAAGCGGAGAAAUGGAGAACUACACCUAUUAACAACUAUGAUAAGUUGCUAGAGUUGUUUGCAAAAGAUAGAGCGACGGGUGAUGAGGCUGCAACUGCUAAGGAGAAACGUUUUCAAUGGGCUAGCUCAACCAAUGACGAGUUAAUGGGAAGUAUUGAUGGUAUUGAUCAGCUAGUAGCAGAAAAUGAGGUGACUUUGGAAAAUGUUGAGCAUGUGGCUGAUGAGAUUGAAAGGACAAUGUCCCCUAAGGCAACUUCUAUUGCAUCUUCAAGUGCAAAAGGAAAGAGGAAACGGUCUUCACGUGGUGUCUCUAAUGAUACCCAAGACAUAGCAAAUGCAAUUUCCUCUGUUGCAGAAUCUAUUAAAGAGAGAAAUGCUCUUUAUGAAAAAUAUAAUCGUAAGGUGCAUUCGGAGGAGGAAAUCUAUAAUGAGCUAGAAUCAAUUGGACUUGAGCCAUUUUUAAUUGAUGAUGCUUACUUUUAUCUCGCUAACCAUCCUGAUCAAACGAGGAUAUUCCUUGGUGUUCCAGUUGCAAAGCGUAAGAAUAUUUUGGAGAAAAUGAUGUAUGGUUCAACAUGAUGGUGAUUGAUGAUGGGUAGUCUUUCUUUUUGUUGGGUAUAGGUUCCUUUUUUGAGAAACACUUCUGGGAAUGCAAUGAAUUCCUUUUUUGUUGGUGAAACUUUGUGUUGCUAUAUUACGGAAAAAGUAUGUAUUGGAAACCUUUUACAAUGAUGUAAAUCUAGGAACUUGACUAUGAUGUAAUUAUUAUUAUCUACUCUUUUGGUUAUGGAAUUUUAUAAUGAUUAUAUUUC